UUAUUAUCUCCAAACAUUAAAUCCUUUCCUUGUAUUCAUCGUACAAACACCUUCACUUGUAUUAUAAGAACUCUCCACCACCCUUUUCUACUUUCCAAAUUGUCUCUUCCAGUUUCUAACUGUUUUCAUCUUUCUAGCAUGACCACUUUGUCCCUAUCUUACGUGCCUAGUUUCAGAACGACGUCGUUUAACGACAAUGACAUUCGCUCGAUGGUUUGGGGCUACAAGAUCUUUGGAGCUUCCAAUACAAUGAAGAUGGGCCGGACCACGAUGUAUGCCACCCCUGUGACCAAGGGUGUAAAUGGAAAGCCUGCGGUGGUGGAGAGGACGAUGAUCCCGACACAAAAACAAUUUGUGGACCCUUUUCGACAAGGGAUAAUUAUCUUGGAUGGUGUUGGGUAUCGACAGACAGUUGUUGUUCGGUCAUAUGAGGUUGGGCCGGAUAAGGCUGUGACUCUUCAAAGUAUUCUUAACCUUCUCCAGGAAACCGCUUUGAAUCAUGUGUGGAUGUCCGGGCUUCUUGGAGAUGGAUUUGGCGCGACUCAUGGUAUGAUGAAGAACAAUCUUAUAUGGGUUGUUUCGAGAAUGCAAGUUCAAGUUGAUCAGUAUCCCAUCUGGGGAGAGAUACUAGAAAUCGACACAUGGGUUGGAGCAUCGGGAAAAAAUGGAAUGCGACGAGAUUGGGAAAUCAGAAGUCAUACCACUGGCAUUGUAUUCGCUAGAGCAACAAGCACAUGGGUGAUGAUGAACCAAAAAACACGAAGACUAUCGAAGAUGCCGGAUGAAGUUAGAGCAGAAAUCUCACCAUGGUUUAUUAAUAAGCAAGCUAUAAAAGAAGAAUCAGUUGAAAAAAUAGACAAGCUGGAUGAUAAUGCAAAAUACAUUAACUCGGGAUUGCAGCCAAAGAGGAGCGAUUUGGAUAUGAACCACCAUGUAAACAACGUGAAAUACGUCGGUUGGAUGCUUGAGGCGAUUCCCGAAGAAUGCUUGGAGAAUUAUCAGUUAUCAAACAUCAUACUUGAAUACCGCAGAGAAUGCGGGAGUUCAGACGUGGUUGAAUCUCUUUGUGAACCCGAACAAGUCGGGAUCAUUGAAGACGUAAACUAUAUGAGUAGGUGUCCGAUCGGUGCUGGUUUCUUAAAUUGCUUGGUUAACCAAUGCAUUAGGUUUACACAUGUUCUUCAAGUUAAAGAGGACUCUAAAUGUCAAGAAAUCGUUAGAGGAAAAACAACUUGGAAGAAAAGGAACAAUCACUAUCCUUAUUGUGGCUAAUUAGAUUUAUUUUUGCUUUCUUGGUUGUUUUAUUCAUGUAUUUUAAAACAAAUGAACAUAAUUGAAAUGAUUGUGAUAUUUUAAAUAA